GAGUUUGGAAGCUAUUCCUUCCGGUUAUAGGAGCGCUUGUUUCAGUCAUUGUUAAGGAAAUUUGACAUGGUUCUCGAUAUUAAAGCUACAUUCAUGUGACUGAAAUCAAAACACUCAAAACUGGGCAUCAUGUACUUCGAUCAAGGAGAGCAGAGGGAACUGAAAGUUUCCGUUAUGUGGAAACGAGCCCAGGGAAAAAAGAAAGUGCUCACUUCAUUGAACUGGAAAGAGCGAGUGUUUGUUCUCACCCCUAAAACUCUCAACUAUUUUGAAGGCUCUGCAGAGGUAAGGAUAUGCAAAUACCUUAAAAUGAUGUAAAUUGUACUUUGAACGCAAUAUUUCAUGUCAUAGAUCGAUUGUUUUAUCUCCGAGUUUGUGCGUUUUGCACUAAACACUGCAUGAGCUUUAAUCUGCUUUAAAUAGCUAGCGGUAGAAUGUUUUUUUAUCGAUCUCUGCUGAAAUGUAAGUUGCUCGAAGUUUCUUGAUUUGUAUGUUAAUGAUUAAAUCAUCCUUGGUUUGCAAAACUCCUUAACUGAUUUCUUAACACUAUGUUAGCAACAAUCUGUGGUACGACGAAUUAGCGUUUUUAAAUUUAAGUUAAUUAUUUAUGUUAUGCCCUCCUUGUUUAAGCACUAAAUUUAACCUUGAGCUUAUUUAUUUAAAUCAAAGUUUCUUUCAUACCAGUUUUAAACUUUUACAGAGAGGAAACCUUAAUAUACCAACCCAUUAUGGACUAAAAGAGUUCCAGAAAAUAUCCCUCCCCUACCCCUGUAGCUGCAAUAUUUUAUUCCUCAUGCCUCUGGAAAUAUACCCAUAUAUUUUCAACUGAUUCUAUAAAUGAAUAAUUUUACCCCCUCCCCUCAUACUCCUCUAUUUUGGGGGAAUUGCAAUUUAUUUUUAACCCCUGCAAAAUAACUCCUGUCAAAAUGUCACAAAACACAGAGGAACUGGAACAGUCAGUCCAUUGAGUUACAAUCUUAGUGGUUGCAUUUUCAUGAGGGAUGUUUUGGGUUGCUUAGUGAGUGUUAACUGAGUAGAAAUGGCUAUGAAAACAAUUUUGUUUCCAACUUGCUAAGUUUACUGAGUUGGGGAAUUUGAUCCCAAAAACAAUGAAACAAAGAACUCCUUAGAUUGAAGCCAGGAAAAAAAAGCUGCUUAAGCUAGUUGGUAAUUAACAUCAAGUCAUUUUCAUCUGCUUCUAAGAGCUAUUAACCUGAACCUACUUUGAAAUAUGUUUUAUACUGCUAAGUCCGUGGAUGGAGUAAGUAAUCUAUCGCGUCACGAGAGUGUUAGGCAGGAAAAACUGCCUUGUGAAAACACAUGCGGCAUGGAGGUCACAAACUUCAUGUUAUACGUGAGUAUGGGUUGCUGACAUCUGAAGUACUUGGCUCCUGUUAAAAUUAUGUUUAUGAUAUUUUUUUGAGCAGAAACGUGGAAAACGGAAAGGAAGUAUACCUCUAAGCUCAGUGAAAGCAGUAGAGUUUGUUGAAGACACUGCAUUUGACCAAGUCAAGAAAUACUGCUUCCAAGUGAGUUCAGUAUAGUCUGAUUGAUGAACCUCUCAUGGAGUUGUGCAUGAGGUGCUUGGAAUAAGGUCUCUAUUGACUCCUGAUCAAAUAUAAAAUGCAGAGUAACUGUGAGACAGUCAUUGUAGACUGCUAUAUUGUUUGCUCAUAAUGUAUUUAUUAUAGAUUUUUUCAUAUUACAGGUACAUGUGUGAAUUCCAAAUCUUGUAAUGUUUACAUGUAUUUCAUAUGUCUAUUUGUGAAUGUUCUGACAAAGACUGAAACACAUGUUCAGACCAUGGUCAACUUGAUAUGCAGUCAUUAGUAAUUGGUUGGGUGAUGUCUGCUAAAAUCUGUUUCACAAAUUAAUAAUAUAAUAAAUUAUUAUAUUAUAUAUCCACAGGUUAAGUACACCAGGUAAGGACUAAUGAAGGCACUACCAUAUAUUUCUGCUGCUCAACAGGUUGUCUAUGAUGAUCUGGUUUUGUACAUCAGUGCAAAAACCGAAGAUGAAAGAAAAGACUGGGUGGAUUCCAUUCAAGAUGGUACUUAAAUAGAUUCCAUUUUUUGUUGAUAAAGACAAAGAUGAUUUAUGAGGAGCCUUAAUGCUCUCACUCCUAGACCAUUGUAUAACAGGAUUAUUUGUCACCCUUACUAUUAAAUCUGUGGAUGAAACCCUGUGGGGUUACCAUUCAAGUAAUUAAAGCCUCUUUGCCAGACCUUUUGGUUAUCACUAGAGGUCUUUGAUGUGACUAAGGUAAAAUUAAUGGAAGUGUAUAAAGUCAUAAUAGUACUUAAAUUUAAAGGUAAGGGUUGCAUACAUUAUACAUCUGAUAAUAACACUUUGUUUCUAGAAUGUAGUGGUAAUAAGUUUCUCCUUAUGGAAUACCAUCCUGGAAUUUUUAUAAACAAGUGGACAUGCUGUGAUGGGAGGGAGAAGACAGCUCAAGGUUGUCAGAAAUCUUUUGCUGCAAGUGAGAAAGAUGGUUAUCAAGGUAAGAGCAAACAUUUUAUACACUACUAUGAAUUACUUGAAUUUACCAAAAAUGUUCCUAAAGUUGCAAGUAUAAGUAUGAUUAAUGGAAUCUGAAGCUCAUUUUGAUGCCCCAGACAUGAAGGGGCAAGAGUUUUGGGAGAAUAAUAUUAUUAUUUCAAGUGACUGAGUUUGAAAUCCUGUACUUGUACUCAAACUCAUACUCAUAGUCAAAUCUUAAUGUCGCUACCUUCUAGAGGAGGUGCCACAAAUUGCCUUGGCAGAGACACUUAAUGAUGAACUUUCUCUAAGACAGAGACCACUGGGAAGUGAAUAAAGUAUCUGACUUUAUUAGAAAGGAGGUGUGUGUGGCUGAGCGGUUACAACCUUGAACUCUGGAUCUGGAGGUCUGGGUUUCAAGCCUUGCCUGUUGCGUUGUUUCCUUAGGCAAGGUACUUUACCCAACUUUGUCUCUCUUCACCAAGGUGUAUAAAUGGGUAUAAAUGGUGGGGGGGGGGGGGGGGUAACCCUGCGAUGGACUAGUAUCCGUCCAGGGGGGAGUAGUGAUACUCCUGGGCAUGCUUCAUGCUACAGAAACCGGUAUAAGCUCCAACCGUUUGGGCCUUUGGCUCAUCUGGCCUUCACCUUACCUUUAUUACAAAGGGUGUCGUUUUUGUAGAAGGUUAAAGGCAGGACUAAUCAUGGGCAGUUGAACAGACAGACCUCUAUGUUUAGCGAGGAGUCUGUCUGGUCAACCCAGUAUGGUUGUCAGAUGAAACGAAUUUUAGGGCAAGGAGCCAGUAAAAUGUUAUAGUACUUACAGGGUGUUAACAUGUAAAUAUGAUAUAUGGGCAUGUGAUUAUCUACCAUUUUGGUAUUAUUUCCUUUUUGUAGGCGACAGUUACACUCGUUCAUCAUUUAUAGCAACUCAGCCCUUGCCUCCCAUCCCUUCUGAAGUAAGUACCUUUUAGAAGCUAGUUAAUAAUACUGUGUUCAGUAGGGUCAAGGUUUGAGGGCCUCAGUGCCCCCCCCCCAACCAUCCCAAGUCCUCCCCCACCCCAGUAAUUGUCCGCCUGUAGAUUAUUUUCCGCCCUACACAUGUUGUUAUGGUUUGUUAUGAAAAUGUGGCUCAAUUUUGUCUUCAGUUAAUUAAUAUUGAUUCCUUUUGUUCUGUGUUGUGAUUUAACUUAAGAAUAAAAGUGAACAACCAGCGGUGCCUGCACCAGUUCCCAGAGAAAGAAAAGAACCUGAAAAAAAAACUGAAGUUGUAGUGGCCAUUUAUGACUUCAGUGGAGCUGAACAAGGCGACUUGUCUCUCAUCAAGGUUUGUUUAUGUAAAUAUGAGUAUUUUAGUGUGUAUAUUAUUUAAAAGCAGAAAGAAGUUUUAGGUCUGUAAGUGAACCUUGUUGUCUUGGUUUCAAUGCAUCAUAUGCCCAUACAUGGCUUGAUAGAUAACACAUUGUGCCAGUAGAUCAUGGUAAGUCAGAAACCUUGACAGAAUGGACAUGGCAAGUUCCAGCCUUGAGCAGCAUAUCAGCAGAAGUAAUUUUGCAGUUGUUUGUUUUUUGACCUCACUUUCUGUUUAACACUGCUCAUAUGGUGAAGUUGCAUAGUUCCAAUAAACAUUGUUGUCUUAUUUUUAUCAAACUCUAAAGUCAACGUUUUGGAUGUUGCUUGGUGUAUUUCUUUUCAAGGCAGUUACAGCUGUAAGGAUAAAAAAUAUAAUUAUUUUGUCUAGUCAGUGUUCCAUCAUUUUGUUAAUCUCCUUUGUUCUCUUUUAUUAGGGAGAACAGGUAACAGUCCUUGAUAAACAAACAGAUCAUUGGUGGAUAGCCAAAAAUUCAAGAGGGUUUGUAAUGUUUGUAAAAAAUAAUGCAUUAGAAAACAAUAGCAUUGUUUGGGCAUCUCAUUGAGUGUUUUUUAAUAUUUUUCAGAGAAAGUGGUUUCAUUCCAAGUAAUUAUGUAAGAAGGCUAGGAUUGGAAAGUGAAAGGUAUGUUUAAGUCCCUUCUGUUUUCACCAGAGAGAUUUUAAAUGCGUAUUUGUUUCAUGUAGGACUGAUGGACUUUAACCAUAAUGUGAAGGGUCUGUCUGCUUAACUUUGACCAAUCUAACAUAGCUGAAUUUACGAAUGAAGCUUCUCAGUUCUAGGACUCUUUAAACCUGUAGUGAUCCAAAGUUCACCUGAUCUCCUUAGGGCUCAAAAUAAUUUUUGGACAUCGGACGGACACAAUCACCAGCCAAAGAAAAUUCUGUUUGGUCAAGUCUUCAUUUCUGACCAGUCAAAAUAUUGGGGAAAAUAGUUAACUGAUCUUUGUGUAAUUUUUUAUUUGUAUUUUUACAAAGAGGCAAAAAUCUAAGAUUUACAGGUGAGGAUUUGGCUGUUUGUUUAAGAACGAGAGUACAAUGUGCAUAACCAGUCAACAUGUCCAGCGAGUAAAGUUUUUGGCUUGACUUCUGGGGGGACAUUGUCCAUUGACCGACUGUUAUUUUGUGUCCUACUCAAAUUUUGUCUGUAGCUAUUGAUAUUUUUGAACUACAUUUACAUAUGACAAAGUUAUUAACACAUAUUUUAAAUCAUUUUAAAUCUAACUGUGUGCUGACAUCCGAGCUUACUGUUCACAUGUUAAAAUGUAUUGUAAGAAAGCACAUCUGUUGUCCUCUCAUUCACAACUCUUCAUUCAUUCAUAACAAUAACUGCAAUUUUAUUUUUAGCUGGUUCCAACCUGAAAUGUCUCGACAGUUGUGUGAGGAUGUUUUGAAAAAGGAGGUGGGUAAAUCAUUGUUGUGAGAAGUAGCUGCAAAUGUUUUAGUAUUUUAUCUGAACAAAGAUACCUUUACCAAUUUAUUCAGGCAGUUCAUAAGAGAAAUGCGUCCUAAACAUAUUUUUCAGGGUAAAGAGGGCUGUUUUGUAGUCCGAAACUCAAGUAGAGAGGGAAUGUACACCUUGACUGUUUUGUAAGUGUUUUUCCCUUUUAUUUAUUUUUUGUUUCUUUAUUUAUAAAUUUUAUUAACCAUUCUAUUCUUUUGAAGUUUUGCCAUCAUUAAGCUCUAUCAUCUAUCUACAUAAGUGUUUAGGGCAGUAUAGAGCAUUGCUAUAUUUGUUGUGAACUGUUUAUGAGCCUCUUUCCAUUCAGUUAACAGACAUUAAUAUUACUUCUUUUCUGCAUUUGUACGCAAGUGAAACAUAACAUUAAACUCUUAGCUAGGAAACCCAGCCAAUAAUAUCUGUUUUAGAAGGGAAGUGACUCCAACAGUUAAUCUCCUCUUAGAGAGAUGUGGUGCUGCCCUUAAUGCCAUAUAGUGGUCAAAUGUAUAAUUUCAGAAUAUUUUGUUAUAACAUCUUGGGAAAUGGAUAGUUCUGUGCAAAAGGUCUUCCAAAGAGGUUUCAUUUAAAUGGUACAUUAACCAAGGAUUUCAUCCUCAGUUUUUACUUAGAGUGAAAAAGGAUCACACCAUCAUGGUCUUGAUCUAGAAGUGAAAAGGAUGUAAACCAGAGGUUAUAAGCUUUUGAUUUGUUACUCUAGGCAUGGAGACCAUGUUCGGCAUUAUCACAUCAAGGAAGAUUGUGGGCAGUUGUAUAUAUCAGAGAGACAUAGAUAUCCAACAGUGUCUGAACUCAUCAAUUAUCAUCAGCAUAACAGUGGAGGUACCUUUAUAUUACUGAUGUGUUUCUGUUGACUGACUGUAUUAACCCUUCAAACCACAGUAUCUACAUACAAUAUAUUAAAGUGUCUCAUGACUGAUCUGACCAAAAAUGCCUUGUUGCCAUCAAUUAAUGUCAUACAACUCACUUGGACUCUUGGACUUGAAGAUUACUACCACACAGGUUGUUGAAAUGUCAGUCAUUGUCAACAGCAGUCCUAUUCUGAACUAUGCUCGCCAGGACAAUCAUGCUACACCUAUUUACAGAUGUAUUAUAAACAAUAUCCAUCCUCAGAGACCCAGGAGAUGCUGUUUGCCGAUUGGGCACAAUAAUACAAAGCAUUUUUGUGCCCAAUCAGGAGCCAACGUUCGCUUAAGCAUUUGGAAAUGGUCCAGUGAGAGUGGGUACCCAGAGGCUUUUCCGCCUGUGCUUGAAAACUUUUAGUGCACCAUUUCUCCCAGCCCGACUGACCGCCCCUGGGUCUCCAAGGAUGAACCAUAUCAAGACAGGCUGUUAAUUUUAACCCCUUGCCUACUAGAACCAAAUACAUCCAGCAACCAGCAACCUUUCUCAACGACCAGAGUUCCUUUCUUAAUGACCAGACUUUUGGUGAUUUCAUUUGUCUGAGGACAUAUAUAUAUGUCCUGGGUUGCUGAAGGACCCCACACAGGAUGUAUAUAUAUGUCCUUUCUAGACAAGGGGUUAAUUAAACUGAAUAAUUUUGCAUAAAACAUUAACAUUUAAUGUUGUAUUCCAGGCUUAGUUACUAGACUAAGGCAACCUCCUUCAUUUGGUCAGGCACCAGUAGCGGCAUUUGGUCAUGGUAUGUAGUUGCCUAAAAAUAUGAUGUAUCUUUUAUAUAUUUGAAUAUUCACCCCCAUGACUGACACCUCUAAAAUAUACACUUGUAAAUGUUAGUUAAUAGUUUGGUAAUGCUAAAAAGAGACAGUAUAGCUUGUAGCAAAAUUGAGAUUAUAUUCAUAGCUGUCCCUUCUUUCCUUGUAGAUGUAUGGGAAGUGCCCAGAUCAGAAAUAGUGCUUGGAAAGGAGUUAGGUUCAGGCCAGUUUGGGGUGAGUGUAAAUCAUCUUUUUUAACUACUGUAUUGCAAAAUGGAUGAUGGACAAGUAAGUCAGCCAGCUCCCAGCUGGAGGCCCUUGAUCCCUUCCUUGACUGGUAAAUACUGCAAACCUAAUAUUAUUAUAAGCCUCCCAACUGAAACAGCUGACAGUUCAGGCACCUGUCAUACUGAUAAAACAGCAGAGAACUAGCUACUGGUGAUCUGCAAUUUCUGGAUAUUUCCUUACAAUAAUAAUUUCCUAGUAGGGUAACUUUGUAAGGGCAGUGAAUAUCGAGUAGCUGAUAAUGCUGAGAUAUUCAUUUUUCAUACAACAGACUGUGAGACAAGGCUGGUGGCAAGAGACUCCUGUGGCUGUUAAAAUGAUGAAGGAAGGCGCCAUGUCUGAAGAUGACUUCAUUGAUGAAGCAAAAGUCAUGACGUAAGUGCAGUUAUUUACCUCCUUAAUACAGACACUUUUGUGAAAAAACCUAGUGGCCGCUUUACAGAAGUGUAACAGUUCAUUUAAUGCAAGGCACAUGGGAAGCCUGUGUAGAACUUUUCCACACCCUAAACCUCCUCCUAGAUUUCUGAAAAACUGAAACCUGCAAAGACGCAACCUAAGGGUUAAAAGUAAAACAUAAAUUUCAAUAUUGCGUCGUUUGUUUUGUUUUUUGAGGCAGUGGCACAAAAGUUUUUGAAUUGAUCACAAAUUACUGAAAUUUAAAAGCAAACUAGACGCUUAAUUAAUAAAAACGUACAUGGUUGCCUCUUGCUUUUCUAACAAGCCAAUGAAUGUUUUGCACUGCAGAAAAUUCCACCACCCUCAUCUGGUUCAGCUGUUUGGUGUUUGCAGCGAGAAACCCAUUUAUAUCAUCACAGAAUUUAUGACACAAGGUGGGAUAUUAUUUUUAUUAACGCUGAUUGAAUUAACCACAAUCAGUGUUUUUCUGUCGUCUUGUAACCUCUCUCCUUCUUAUAAUUUCACUUUUCCUGAUCAGUAAUGACCCUAUAAGAUAUUAUGUUAAAAGAAGCAUUCAAACUUGAGAGAAAAACGCUGUACACUUAUUCUCUUUAGUAUGUUGCUAGCCAACCUGCUUUCAGAGAUUUUGUUUUAAGAGGAAACGAAAGAAAACUUCUUUGAAUUUAGCUGUUAGCUCGCGUUAGAGAUUAACUCAUGAUUUAUUUUGUUGAUAAUUUAGGAUGCCUUUUAAACUAUUUACGGAAGAAUCAAAUUCGCCUGCAACCUCCACAAAUGACAGAAAUGGUUCGACAGGUAGCCUAUGCUAUGACUUAUCUGGAAAGUAGGAACUUUAUCCACAGAGAUCUGGUAAGUUAAAAUGAAAGCAUUUUGGAAUUGGUGUUAUGCAACUGUUGUUAGAGAGCUUAGGAAAGUACGCCACCACAACUCAACGGGACGGCAGAAACACAAAAAACAAAACAAAAAAAAAACCAUGAUAGGGUUGAGUGAGUAAAACAAAACUUCUACACGUGCGUCAGUAUUUCAACCAACUCCGACCUUCUUAAAUUUCAAACUGAGUGCCCUUACUUAGUAAUGCUGCUAACUGAUGUCAUCAUUUUUGUCAUCUUUAAUCAGGCAGCAAGAAACUGUCUCAUAGGAGAUAAUAAUAUAGUAAAAGUAGCGGAUUUUGGUUUAGCGAGGUGAGUUAUUUUUUUUCUUAUUAGAAAUAGUGAACUACUUGAUGUUUUAAGUUGUGUUCACACGUGUGUCAUAAAACUAAGUGAAUGUUUUAUUUGGACCCGUCAGAGGAACACCAGGGGCAACUGAACAAUCUAAGGAGUCAAGCGCGAGAAACCGCUUCUGUUCAAUUCAAGUCGUGAAUCUUGAAUCGGUUGAUUUUUUUCUCAUUGGUUGAUGGAGUGUGGCGUUAGAUUUUAUUGACAAAUUUCAAAGCUUGGCGAUGCAGAUAAAUGAAAGCGAUCGUGAAGUUACUUUCAACUCUCCACUGUUUUCUCCGCUAAAAAACCAAGCUUUAUGUUAAGUCUCUAGAGUGGUUAAUACUACGACUAAUAUUAUUAUUCUUUCCGACAGAUAUGUCAUUGACGAUGAAUACACGGCAUCAGAGGGUACAAAAUUCCCUAUAAAAUGGGCCGCCCCAGAGGUCAUUCUCUAUACUAAGUUCAGUAGUAAAUCGGACAUCUGGGCUUUUGGUAAGACGCCAUUCAAGUUACUGUUUAAUACAUCUCGCUGUAUUUAUGUUGCUUUUCUGUUUGUCCUCGUCGUUUUUCCUGUCUGGUUUCCUUUUACAUUGCUGCCUUUAGUUUUGACGAAUUGAACAGGCAUAACUCAGUGAUAUAUAUUGGUAUUGAUAGGUAUUUUAACCUGGGAAAUAUACACUGGAGGAAAACAGCCUUAUCCCGCAAUCAACAACACCGAUGUUGUUCAAAAGGUUAGCACUCUCCUCCUCAGCUGACGUAGCUGAUAAAAGUUUACUUCUCCCUCCCCAGUCUUCUCUUGGCGCGCUUUGCACCUCGAAUAUUUUUUCAUUCCUUUUAUUAUUUUUUUUGAUACCUUAGCCAUGUUUUUUACGGCUGAAUGAACCACUUGGAGUAUAAAUGUUCUUAUCAGAAGAGUUGUUCUCAUUAAGGCAAUAGGAUAAUUUCAUUAGUUUGCUUGAUCUCAGUAAGGAGACGAGACUGAAAAAAGAUUUGCAUACCGGCUAAGAUCAGGUUUACGUAGAUCCCCUGCUUCGGUUUCCAUCUCCCUAAACGGACCUCCUCGCUCUUCGCCCGCAUAAAAAGGAGGUGCCAAUUUUCAGUUCAUGUAACGCAUGGCUAACGCAUGUCUAGCAAGGUAAGAUUCUUGCCUAAUCCCUAGGCCUCAUUAUUCCGCGCGGCUAAAGCGUUUCGGUUCACGUGGUCCAGUCGACCGAGAGGAACUGGGAAAACGCCCGUACCGGGAAAGUAAGAUUCAAGGUUGCGCGCACACAAUAGUCUCAUCUUUUCCAGUUAAAGUACUAUUUGAAGAGCUUUUGGUUUCAAAGAUGCGAUAGUUUUUUAAUUUCUUUACUGAUCAGUGAAAAACCAGUGAUGUUUGUUUAACAGAUUCUGAAUGGUUAUCGACUACAAAAACCAACAAGGUGUCCUGAAGAGAUGUAUAGAAUUGUGGAGAGGUGUUGGCAUGCGGUAAGCUGUUUGCAGUGUCGCAGUAUUUUUUUUCUCUGUGGUAUCAGGUGGAGUUACUCUUUUUACGAGUGAAGAAGUGUGAUCAAAGUUCACAGACACUAUAAAAGAGUUAAGAGUAUAGAUUAUUUGAACCUCGGAGACGGAACAAUACCGUGGAAAAAGAGAUUUUUUCAGUUAUGUCGGGGUUUGUCUUGGUUUGCUUUUGCGAUGGGAUAUAAAAAUACUGCGUGGGAAAAUCCUGAAAAAAAUUGAUUCGCGUCUACCUUUUUGUUGCGUUGUUGGUGAAAAGCCUUGUUACUAACUUAAACUUUUAGCUAAUCAGAGGUACAACACAUAGUGAUUUUCUAAAAGUUCAAUCCAAUCAGAACUUUGUAAAUCUUGGCGCUUUUCCUUCGAAAGUGUCUUCAAGAAGGAAAAACUUUCUCUUAAUAUAGUUGUUGUUGUUGUUCUUUUCCCCAAGGAACCAGAGUACAGACCGGCUUUCGCGUCAGUCUACAGAAGUAUUGUAGAGUUUACUGGUGAAGAUUACGACGAAACUGUCGAAUAAUAACGAAUGAAAGGAUGGCUCAAAGACUAUUUUAAAUGGAAAAAUUAAAUCAAUUUAUAUGCAAAUUCAAGAGAGAUAUAAAUUUUGUAGUGAAACGUCAUUGUAAUCAUAUUGGUUUUGAUGUUUUUUGAAUGAGAAUGAUUGGUUGUAGAUAGAAAAUUUCAGCAACAUGAGAUAAUUGAUGAGACCUGUAAUAGCAUGUUAAAAUCGUGUUGGUGAAUUGUUGUGUACUGUACUGAAUGUUGUGCAGACGAAUUUUCCUAACACGCAGGUCACAGUUCAAAGCGAUUGAAGUUGCAUGUAAUAAGCAGACAGGAGUGUUUUGUCAACAAUUUUAGAUUUGAUAAGACACGGACUGGAAGUUUAUCGAACGGCUUUAAAACCUUUGGUAUUUUUCUGUCAAUUCUCCAAAGCUAACCUUCGCUUUAAGGUUGAUGUUUUGUAAGGACAAUUAGAAGUGAUGAUGUAAGGCAGUCAAUUAAGAUAAAUUCAUUUUUGUUUCACCUUAUGUUUUUGAAGAUGGGUUUAUUUUAAAGUUUUUAACACUCAGUUUCUGUAAAUAAACUAGCAUAGUGUAUUGUAUCAAGCUGACGCCAACAAAAGAACUCUGAAGAGAGCAUUUCAAAGUACUCAACAGGGCGAUAUAAUUAAUUGGUUCUUUUGACACCAGUUCCCCUUACUGAAUGGUCCGUUGGAGUCUACUAGUGUUCUGAUUAGAAAUAGGGUUCGGAUUUCAGGCUCUUUUCUGUGUUACGUUUCCUGCAUUCCAGUGAAGAAUAGUUUCAUAUUUAGCGAGUUUCCCCAAGACUAUGUUUCAAAACGAGGCUAAGUGCGAAUCUUUUGAUAUGAAAAUGCUUUUUUAUUCUCGUGCAAUUAAAACUCAUUUUCACAUGAACGGUUCUGCACUCAGCCCCGUUUUGAAAGUGAGAGUUUUUGGAACUCGGAUAUGGCCUAAUCGGUUACGGGAGUAAGUUUUCUUUGAGUGAAACGAGGCGCGUAUCGCUGAGUCAAAUGGUGCAUUACCUUCAGUUAUAUCCAAGUUUUGAUGAAAAUAUACGGAAAGAGUCUUACACACGUUGUCGUAUAACAUAAGUAACUUAAUAUCUGCUGCUUUCCAUUUAAACUGUUCAUUCCGUAUUCUGUGGUGCAUUUAUUCUUUUUUCUAAUAAAGCAUCAUUUUAAAUUAGUUCCUCAGAAACGUGACUGAGAAGUUGCUAUUGUCUAGUUUUUGUUAUGCCGGUUGGUUUUGGUUUGAGACACUUGAUACUCGCCUAGAACUGGCUGUUUAUAGUAAAAGUAUAUUUUAUGCUAGUUAUCACUUUGCAAAAAAUACUGUAGAUAAUUUGAUAAACUAAAUUUUACAUUAGUUUGCUUAUUUACGUACACAAGUUUAUUAUAAAAGAAUGAACGGUAACGCCAGACGUUCUACCUAGUGUUUGGACGUUACUUGAAAAAGUGCAAUAAAG